AUGCGCAAACACGAGUGCGACGUUGAUAUCGCUCGAAUCCGGCUUAUCUCGAGCUUCCAUGACGCAACCGAGCUCGCUUAUCAUUCGGACUCGUCCGCAUUCCUAGUCGCUCUGCUGCGAAGCGCUCGACUGCAUUUCUCACGGGAGAAGAUGGCGAGCACGAUCGUCGUGUUGGCGGAUCAGGAUCCCCUGCAGAUUUCGUGCGGGUGCGGGGUCCACACCAUCACCGUCAUGACGGCGAGGAGGAUCAGGAACGCUGGCUGGGUGCUCGUCGCAUUCGCAUUCCUCUUCCUCGUGCUUGGGAUCGCUUUCGCCAUCGAUCUGGCCAAUCUAGAUUGUGAGAAAUAUUGCGAGGAUCACUAUGGGAAGGGUGCGGUGUGUAUGUGCAUCUGGAACCAUGGCCGCAUCAUCGGAUUUUUUAUUUCUGCCAUUUUCAGCUUCAUCGGCGGAAGUCUGGCCGUCCACAAAUGCAACUCGUCCCUGAGAGAGCUGAGGAUACACAAGAUAAUCGAGCGGAGCCACCAAGCCCAAACCGGCACCCUCGAGUUCCAAGAAUCCGGAAACCCCGGCGACCCCCAAGCAUGGCAUCCUCGGGGAAGCCCGCUACGACCACCGGAUUACUGACAAAACUGGUGCCAACAUCAUCGGGAUUCAUACUCGAGUGCGCGAAGCGAUGAGCUCUCUGCAUGUUUUCAGUGACAGUUCGCGUCUGAUCGUGCGAGUGAAAGGAAGAGUGAGAGUGGAAUCCCUCCUUCAGUCCUCCAGCCUUCCAACCUUCUCGUUCCCGACUGAACGGCGUUCAUCGUGGCGAUUGUCUAAUUUUGCAAUCGCCAUCUCGUUUCAGAGAAGUAAUUCUCUCCAGAUGAAGUGCAUUUCCUGAGACUUCGCUAAUGCAAAGCGUUGUAGGAGAGAUUUUUUUUUAUUCCCGUCGAAAAAAAUCAACCCAAGAUGGACAAUGUUCAACGCAGGUCGUUCCUCCUCCGUCACUCUUUCUUCCUUUUUUUGUCAUCUAACUCGAGGAAUAUUCAAGUGUGAAAAGCAAGCUUCGGUUGUCAAACGUACUCAAGGCCCUCCAGAGUGCUCACGUGCCUGACAGCUCGGAGGGGUCUCAGAUACCUGUGCGGCAUGUGAAAGUGCGUGAAGGAACGUGCGGUGAACCCCUGUCGCCUCUCCUUAUAUCAACUGCUCUUGUUCUCUUUUUUCGGGCAUAAUAUCGAACGUUAAUUCAUGCUUUUGGUGACAUAUAUAAAAUAGAGAAUCAGACAAGGCUGAGGUGACGGCAUGAUAAGCCUCUGAGUGGGGUAUCAAUGUACAAGCCCCACUUCCAUAUGCGCGUGUUCUUCGCUGCCAGACAUAUUCCCCGGUAUAAAUGGAUAUUUGGUACGGGAAUCGCUUGAGAAGAGAAACUGUAGUUCCCUGUGGAACCCAUGGAUUAAAAAUGCAGAUUUGUCUCAUCUCAUCUCACGACAUACAGGCAUGCAUACAAUUUCAAAGAAGCUAACGAAAAAAAAAUUUGUCUGAUUUGUGGCCCUUUACUCGCCCA